CCCCUCCCCAGUGUUGCCCCCUCCUCUCCUCCUUUGCCCUCGAGAACUGGGUUGUUCAUGGACCAUGGAGCGGAAGGUGAAGGGAGGGCGCCCUGCUCUCGCCUUCUGGCAUGCCAAGGAAGCCCUGCUCAUCCUUUGCCUCUUCUGGCUGGCUCCGCCUGAACCCGUUGCAGCAGAAAUCUGCGAGAGCAUGGAUAUCCGCGUUGAUGUCUCCCAGCUGCGGAAUCUGGAGAACUGCACCAUCAUCGAGGGCAACCUGCAGAUCCUCCUGUUGUUCACCACCAGCAGCGAGGAUUUCCACCCCUUCAGCUUCCCCCGCCUGGUCAUGAUCACGGAGUACCUCCUGCUCUUCCGUGUCUACGGGCUGGAGAGCUUGCGCGACCUCUUCCCCAACCUGGCGGUCAUCCGGGGGACCAGCCUCUUCUUCAACUAUGCCCUGGUCAUCUUUGAAAUGCCGCACCUGCGUGACAUCGGCCUGCACAGCCUGACCAACAUCCUGAACGGCUCCGUGCGCAUCGAGCGCAACCAGGAGCUCUGCCACAUCUCCACCAUCGACUGGGGACUGAUGCAGACCCCCCACGCCCUCGAGCAAAACAUCAUCUUGCACAACAAGCCCGCGGAGGAGUGUGCCGAUGUAUGCCCGGGCAUCCUGGAUGUGGAGAAGCCCUGCGUCCAGACCCAGACCAGCCUCAAGGGGCAGCUGGAGUAUCGCUGCUGGACCUCCAGCAACUGCCAGAAAGUGUGUCCCUGCAAAGUGGGGGGUGCUGCCUGCACCAGCUCCUCCGAGUGCUGCCACCGGGAAUGCCUGGGGAGCUGCCACCGCCCGGGAGACAGGCAUGCCUGCACCGCCUGCCACCACUUCUACUUCAACGGGCACUGCCUGAGCUCCUGCCCGGAGCUGACCUACGAAUACGAGGGGUGGCGCUGCGUGACCGCGGAGCACUGUGCCAGCCUGCGCAAGGUGUCAGAGAACCCCCGCGACUCCUCCAAGUUUGUCAUCCACCAGAGGCAGUGCCUUGCCGAGUGCCCCUCGGGUUACAAGAGGAAUGAGAGCAGCAUCUUCUGCCACAAGUGUGAGGGGCUUUGCCCAAAGGAAUGCAAAGUGGGCACCAAGACCAUUGACUCCACUAGGGCAGCCAAGGACCUGGCUGGCUGCACCCUCAUCGAGGGCAAUCUCAUCCUGAACAUCCGCCGGGGAGAUAACCUGGCCUCUGCCCUGCAGGGCAGUCUUGGCCUGAUUGAGACCAUCACGGGCUUCCUGAAGAUCAAGCACUCCUUUGCCCUCAUCUCUUUGUCCUUCUUCAAGAACCUCAAGCUCAUCCGAGGGGACUCCAUGGUGGACGGGAACUACACGCUCUACGUGCUGGAUAACCAGAACCUCCAGCAGCUCUGGGACUGGAGCCACCACACCCUCUCCAUCCCCGUUGGCAAGAUGUACUUUGCCUUCAACCCCAGGCUCUGCCUGUCAGAGAUUUACCGCAUGGAGGAGAUCACAGGGACAAAGGGCAGACAAAACAAAGCAGAAAUCAAUCCCCGGACCAACGGCGACCGAGCCUCCUGUAAGACCCAAACCCUGCGCUUUGUGUCCAACACCACUGAGUCAGAUCGCAUCUUUCUCAAGUGGGAGCGCUACUGGCCCCCAGAGUAUCAUGACCGCCUGAGCUUCAUCAUCUACUACAAGGAAUCGCCCUUCCAGAACGUGACGGAAUACAUUGGGCAGGACGCCUGCGGUGCCAACAGCUGGAACGUGGUGGAUGUGGAGCCGCCCCUGAACAACGAGCAGGAGCCGGGGGUGGUGCUUCAGAGCCUCAAGCCCUGGACCCAGUAUGCCAUCUUUGUGCGGGCCAUCACCCUCACCACCGCCGAGGAGAGGCGCAACUACGGGGCUCAGAGCGAGGUGGUUUACAUCCGUACCAUGCCUGCAGCUCCGACGGUUCCCCGGGACGUCAUCUCCAUGUCCAACUCCUCGUCCCACCUCAUUGUCCGGUGGAAGCCACCCAGCCAGCCCAAUGGCAACAUCACCUACUACCUGGUCUUGUGGCAGCAGCUGGCUGAGGACUCUGAGCUGUUUGUCAAUGACUAUUGCCACAAAGGCCUCCGCCUGCCCACCAGCAGCGCAGACACUCGCUUUGACACAGACGAUGGCGAAGGCCAGGAGGAUGGGGAGGAGCAGCAGUGCUGCCCGUGUCAAAGCCCUGUGGGACAAACCCCCCUGAGGGAUGAAACCGUCUCUUUCCAGAAGAAGUUUGAAAACUUCCUGCAUAAUUCCAUCAUCAUCCCCAGACCCCCCUGGAAAGUCACUUCCAUCAACAAGAUCUCUUACAGGAUCCCAAAGAGGCGCAGGGACACCUUUGCCGUAACCCCUGUUCCUGGCCACGCCUUUGCCAACACAUCGUCCCCAGAAGUCCUGGGGAAUGGAGUGACCCCAAACCGCACAGGGUCCAGCAGCUCCAAAACUGAGAAGGAUUUCCGCAUCUUUGAGGAUAAAGUGGUCCGGGAUCGGACGGCCAUCUCUAACCUGCGCCAUUUUACUGAGUACCGCAUCGACAUCCACGCCUGCAACCAUGCUGCACAGACUGUGGGCUGCAGUGCUGCCACCUUCGUCUUUGCCAGAACCAUGCCGGAACCUCAAGCAGACAACAUCCCUGGCAAUGUGACCUGGGAGCCAGCGGGGAAAAACCGAGUCCUCCUCAAGUGGGAGGAGCCAAAGAAUCCCAACGGGCUCAUCCUCAAGUACGAGAUCAAGUACAGCCGGGAGAGUGAGAAAGUCACCUCGGUUGUCUGCGUCUCUCGCCACCGCUACACUCGGAACGGGGGCUACCUCCUCGACCUCCUCCAGCCUGGAAAUUACUCUGCCAAGGUCCGGGCCACUUCACUGUCAGGGAACGGCUCGUGGACCGGACUGAUCAAGUUUUACAUCCUGGGGCCGGAGGAAGAGGAGCCCGGAAACUUCUAUGUGCUCUUGACGCUGAUGCCCGUUGUCUUGAUGGUGGGGAUCACUUGCCUGGCCGUCUUUGUUUUCUUAUACAACAAGAAAAGGAGCACAGAGGGAUACCCCAGUGGCACGCUGUACGCCUCAGUCAACCCUGAAUACUUCAGCACCUCAAACAUGUACGUCCCGGACGAGUGGGAGGUGCCGCGGGAGAAGAUCACGGUGCUGCGGGAGCUGGGCCAGGGCUCCUUUGGGAUGGUCUACGAAGGGCUUGCCAAGGACAUCGAGCAGGAGGGGGAGAAGACCAGAGUGGCACUGAAGACGGUCAACGAGUUGGCCACCACGCGGGAGCGCAUCGAGUUCCUGAAUGAGGCCUCAGUCAUGAAAGCCUUCAGGUGCCACCACGUGGUCCGUCUUCUUGGUGUAGUCUCCCAGGGCCAGCCUGCCUUGGUUAUCAUGGAGCUGAUGACGAGGGGGGACCUGAAAAGCUACCUCCGUUCCCUCAGGCCGGAGGCUGAGAAUAACCCUGGCCUGCCUCCCCCAUCGCUGAGGGACAUGAUCCAGAUGGCAGGCGAGAUCGCGGAUGGCAUGGCCUACCUGAAUGCCAAGAAGUUUGUCCACCGGGAUCUUGCUGCCCGUAACUGCAUGGUGUCAGAGGACUUCACUGUGAAGAUUGGGGAUUUCGGCAUGACCAGGGACAUCUAUGAGACGGACUAUUACCGCAAAGGGGGGAAAGGUCUGCUGCCUGUCCGCUGGAUGUCCCCGGAAGCCCUGAAGGACGGCCUCUUCAACACACACUCGGACAUCUGGUCCUUUGGGGUGGUGCUGUGGGAAAUUGCGACGCUGGCAGAGCAGCCCUACCAGGGCAUGUCCAACGAGCAGGUCCUGCACUUCGUGAUGGACAACGGGGUCCUGGAGAAGCCAGAGAACUGUCCCCAGAAGCUCCACGAGCUGAUGACCUGGUGCUGGCAGCAGAACCCCCGCCUCCGCCCCACCUUCGCCCAGAUCCUGGAGAGCAUCAAGGAGGACAUGAGCACCGCCUUCCGCACCCACUCCUUCUUCUACAGCCUGGAGAACAAAUGCUGCAGCUCCUGGGAGGCUUCGGACACAGAGACGGAGCAGCUACUUCUGAGGGGGGAGGAGGAAGCAGCACCUGAGCCGGCCCCACCCCAGGGCGCCCCCAUCCCCAACGGCAGCCCACUCCUCACUCUGGGCCUCGGCAGGGACCCCUUGCAGAGCCAGCCUACAAACUGCUGCCAACCCAAUGGGAAGGUGGGCCUCUGAAGAAGGGUGCCACCCUGGGGCCCACCUCACAGGAGACCUCCAUUGCCCUCUUUGGGACCUGCUGGAAAGCCAGGAUGCUUCUUGGUUGCCUGCUAUGGCGGCUGGAGCGGAGAAAGGA